AUGGAGGCAGAAAACAAGAAGGCGAGAUUACAUACAAACUCCAUCGAUAUGACUACCUCAGAGUGCAGCAACAGAAGAUUGGUUGUGCAUUCUCCGGACGGUGGCUGGGGCUGGCUGGUGGUCACUGGUGCGUUCUUCAUACAUGUGGUGACCGAUGGUUUCGUCUACUCGUUAGGAAUUCUUGCAGAUUUCUUGAUGGAGGAGUUCAACUCCGACAAUACAAUGGCGUCCUACAUCAUCUGCCUUUUGACAGGGAUUACCUUAGGAUCUGGACCAUUGGCAUCUGCAAUAUGCAAUAAGUUUGGAUGUCGAGUAACAGCCAUUACCGGUGCCUGCAUCUCUAUAAUGGGCUGUGCAAUAUCUUCGUUUGCGACAUCUAUGUGGCAGCUGGUCAUUUCAGUAGGAGUAAUCAUGGGAAUUGGUUUUGGUCUUUUGUAUUGUCCAACCAUUGUUGCAGUGACUAUGUAUUUUGAGAGGCGGCGCUCUUUAGCUACAGGAAUUGCUGUUUCUGGCGCUGGUAUAGGAACCAUACUGUUUUCACCUAUAAAUGAUUUCAUAAUUACCACUUUUGGCUGGAAAGCUGUUUUCCAUGUGUUUGUAGUACUACUUGGAGUUGCAAUUGUAUGUGGUUGGACAUUCCGCCCGUUAUCCUUCAAAGAAGUGAACGAGGAAGAAGCUGAUGUUGAACAUAAAGCUGAAAGAUCCAAGGAAGGAGAAGCUGAGAGUUCAUCCUUCCCCAAUGAUGGUGAGAGCUCUUCUCGAAAAUUCAAUGAAUGUGAUGGAUGCCUAAUCAUCAACAUUAAUGCUGAAGAAGAUUCAGUCAUGCAAUGUAAACCAUGUGCAAGUAGCGGAAUGGAUCCGGCUGCAGAAGAUAAUGCUAGCAUUAUCGUGCCACGGAUAUCAGGAAAUACCCAGAGAGUGAACGAUGAUAGCUUGGAGACUGCUGUAAAAGCCGCCAAUGCUCAAACAGGCGCUGAGGUUCCCGAAACUUCUGCUGUUAGAAGUGAAACUCCCCUGACGAACAAGAGCAACAUGCUUUCAUUGUCCUUAAUGACUGAUCCGAUAUUUUUGGUUUUUGCCAUUUCCAAUCUCUUGACAUCUGUUGGUUUCAAUUCUCCAUUGUACUUCCUGCCUAUGCAUGCCACUAGAGGAGUAGGGCUUGACUCGACACGAUCUUCACAAGUCAUAUCGGUUUACGGGUUAUGUAAUACACUUGGAAGAUUCUUUUUUGGAAUUGUCUCUGACCAUCAAUUUCCUCUGCCGUAUGGAAUCGGCAAUGAUACGGCAAGAAAUCGGCUAUGGAUGUACAACAUAACGAUAGCGCUGUGCGGUUACUUCACGGCAGUCUGUUUCCUCUGCACCGGCUUUAUCUCUCUUUCCAUUUACGCUGGUUUAUUCGGGUUCUUGAUUGCAUGCUACAUUUGUCUCACUAGCGUAGUUCUCGUUGACCUUUUUGGAUUAGGCAAGCUUACUGACGCUUUCGGUCUUCUUCUACUUUGGCAGGGAGCUGGAACCGUCUUUGGUCCUCCUAUUGCUGGGUAUCUUGCCGAUAUGACCGGAAGCUACACUUUAUCCUUCUUGUUCUGUGGGAUAAACUUGUUGAUAGGAGGAUUGAUGCUCUUUGCUAUACCUUGUCUUCAAAGAAAAGAGGAAUUGAGAAAUGUUGAAGCACUAUGCAAAUGAAGCAACAAUCGAAAAGCCUUUGGUGAUGCUCCAAAAUUCAAUGUUCAUCUGCUAAGUUUCGAAAUGUUUCUAUUACCUACACACACUUCUUUCACUAUCACAACAUUUAGAGAUUCUGCUUGAGUCCAAAGGAUCUAAUUUUCAUUGUUAGAAAUUAAGUUUUUCAAUAAUUCUUACAAUUACCGCUUUUUCUGCAUCAUUCGCUCGAACAGCUGCGCAAAUUAUGAGUUAUGACUUCGAAACUUCCGAUUUUGCAUGAAUGUAUCGAACAAAUUGAAAUCUCAUGCCUUAGAGAUUUAUCGUUUUGUUUGGAUGCAGAUUGUUGAAUGAUUCAGCCAAGAAUGGGGAGUUUAAGAAUGUACGGGAUGGUUGGUCCUCAAGAACUAUUUUGUUUGAAGAGCUUUCAGCGGUUCUUAUUUCGUAAACUUGGCCUCAACUCGCUUUUGCAGCAUAGAACGAAUAUUGCGCUUCAUUACUGUAGGAUCACAGUUAUAGUCUUGCAGAUGAUUCAGUCAUUGAGCUCUAUUUCACCUCAGAAAGUGAAAAAGCAACCUGAAAAAUCUUGUAUUAAAUUAACCAGAGUCGCUGACUCGGAGUAUAAAUUCUGCACUCAGAGUGCGCUUGUUUAUCCUAGAUUUAUGCCAAGUUUGAUAACGGCUCUGACAGUGUUUCUCGAAAAUCUGAUGACGCCAUUAGAAAAUUACAAACUCGUAAAAAUUGAGUAAUGAGAUCCACGUGUGUGAAGAUCCUGGUAC